AUGGGUGAAGCGCAUGCAGUGCUCGCCGGACCCAGGCGCCUGCGCGUGCUCGAGCCCGAGGAGGAGAAGCCGGGGCAGUGGUUCUGGGUGAACUACUUCCAGCAGCUGGGGAGAGUGACGUGGGCGGUCUUCCUGGACGGCUUCCAGGACGACUUCUACUUGUGCGGCGAGUGCCCCGUGGACCUCGCCGAGCAGCUUCGUGCCCUCCUCGAUCCAGACCUGGUUCAGGUCGUGAAACGCACAGACUGGUACAUCCUUUUGAAGGGUUUCGAGAAUGCCGCCAGCUUCAUUGACACUCUGCUGAGCAAGGUGCUGGCCGACAUCGGCGCACGCAUCUACCGCAGGCAGCCUCUGGACGCCGACCGGCUCCUGGCGGAGGCAACGCAGGCGAGCUGCGCGGCGCAGCCCCAGGAGGACGCC